AAAUCAUCUGUGAAGCGAAUCAGUGAAAAAUCUGAAAAAUACAUUGAACCUGUCCGAAUAGCAAUACUCUCUGAUAGUCCGUAAAGUGGCUCGCCAUCUCGCCAUAAAGGAGGAAGAGAGAGAGAAAUACGUUUGUUGUGUUUUUUUUUUUUUUUAAACCAUAUCAGCUGUAUAUUAACAAAAACAUUUGCUGCGCUUUAAAUAGAAAGGUUCAACGGCAAACAGAUGCUGAAUAUUUCAAGAAAUUGUAUCUGUAUGAAUAUUACAAAUAUCCAAUUAAUAAGAUAUGCUCAUCGUUUAAAUCAUUAUGAAGUGCUAAAUUUGAAUCCAUCUUGCACAUCGAAAGAAAUUAGAGACGCAUUCAUCAGACUUUCUAAAGAGUUACAUCCAGACACUAAAACAAACACCAACAAACGCACGGUUAACGAAAAAUCUUUUGUUCAAUUACUGGAUGCAUAUAAAGUACUAAGUAAACCAGAAGCAAGAGCCAGUUACGAUCAUGAGCUAUUCUUGCAAGCCCGUGCUGCUGGACAUCAGACACAAUAUCAGUCAUGGCAACCGGAUACAACAAAAUAUCAUGACGCUGAUCCAAAGUCCUACUACGGAAUUAAAGGAAUCGAGAAAGUCAGUAAUUGGAAGAUUAUGUUGAUUUGUUUAAUUUUUAUGCUGAUAGGUGUUUCCAUACAAAUGAUUGCUAUUAACAAAUCCUUCACUUUUAACCGGGACCAAUUAGAUGAAAUAUCUCGAAAAAGUGCAGUCAUGCAUGCAGAAGUCCGUGCCGAAGCUGAAAGUCGCGGUAAUGAUGCCCAAAUUGAGCGAAUGAAAGCACAAUUGAACAAAGAGACGCUGUGGUGAAAAAAAUAUAUUUAGCUCCACUAGCAGCAUGUAAAUAUGUGUAUAAUUAGAGAACUUGAAGAGACUUUUCUGUUCAGUAGCGAAUGAUGGUAUUUUAAAAUAAAUUUCAAAUUUAUGAAUGAAA